GUUAUAGCUGCAUGGUUUUAAUAGUGUAGGCAUUGUUUAUUAACAUUCUACAGUACCAUAUAUGGCAUUGGCUAUUAGAUCAUAUAGACAUGUAAUGUACACACAUUCUUUAGUUGCUGGUUUAGUAGUGGAGCAGCUAGGCUUCUCAAGAUGUUGACUCUGUUCAAGAUAUCCCUCCUGUUCUCUUUAUUCCUUCCAUCUGUUCAUUCUGUUUGUGAACAGUUUCCUACUGGUGAUCUCCUUGGUGAUACAGUUGUAACUAGUAGCCAGGUGAAUGAAAUUACAAACCAGGCUUUUUCAAGUCGAAUACCCCUUGGCUGUCCAGGCACUAAUGAUGUUGGACGAUUCGAUAUACUUGUUUCUGGUCGAGCAGUUAUAUCUCAUUCAAAUAAUGAUGAUGCACCAGUUCUUACUUUUAAUGUAUUUAAUGUUGAUGAUGUCAAUGACAUAAGUCUCCGUAAUGUGUCAUAUCGUUAUACAGUUGUUAAUGAGGUCAUCAAAACGUGCGCUGUUGAUUCUUUUAACCAAUUUUUUCCAAGAGAGAGACUUACUGAAGGUGAUUUUAAUCCAACCCAUAUCUUUUUGGUAACCUGGAAUAUUACUCAAAGUAUCUUAAGCUCUGGUGGUAUGGAAACUAGUGAUUUUAAUUCUCCUCACAACAUUUUUCAAAUGGCUUAUAUACAUCAUGGAAAUCGUGCAUUAAUCUUUUAUCUCUAUGAUACCAUUCAAUGGGGCAAAGAUGCUGCUACUAUAGGCUUACAAGCCUGUGGUAGCAGUCCUAGUGGGAGAUGGGAUACUGCUCCUUCUGGUCAAGUUGCAGCUUCACAAUCUAAUCUUGCCACUACUAGAAGUGGAGAAUGGCUCCUUUAUCUGAAUGGGACAGGCCAUCUUACUCCUGCAGUUGUCUGUAGGACCGGUUGCAGUUUAACAAAUGGUUAUUGUACUGAAAGAGAUACGUGUCUUUGCAAAGAGGGCUGGUCAGGUGACCUUUGUACCGUUGCCAUCUGCUGUCAAGGCUGUAUUAAUGGUUCAUGCAUAGCCCCUGAUACUUGUGAAUGCAAUGAUGGAUGGCUUGGUCCCAGUUGUAAUACGGCUAGAUGUUACUCUGCAUGCAUUAAUGGCAGAUGCAGAGAUCCAGAUGUUUGCUCUUGUCUUGACGGGUUUAGUGGACAAAACUGCACUACAGCUAUCUGUUCCCAAGACUGUGGUCCCUAUGGUUUCUGCACAAGACCUAAUCACUGUUCCUGUAUUUCUGGCUAUACAGGCGGGAGCUCUCCCUGCACUCCAGUUUGUACCAAUGCAUGCCUCAAUGGGGGGAACUGCACAGCACCUGAUACUUGUACAUGCCCGCCUGGACUUACUGGUCCCAUUUGCAAUACAACAAUUGUUGUCCCUAGCUCUACCUCAACCUCUACCUCUAGCUCGACAGUAGUAAGCAUGACAAUGACAGAGUCACCAUCACCUUCUAUGACUGAGCCUACUACUGAUGAACCUACUGAUGGAGCUACCACCGCUACUACUGGAAGUCAAUUAUCUUCUUCAACUAUCGGUGCAAUUGUUGGUGGGAUUGUUGCUCUCGUUGUCGUUGUCGUCAUUAUAGCUGUCAUUAUCAUUGUAGCUGCUAUCUCUUGUUGAAACUUAUAAUUAUUUUAAAGUGUUGAGUGACCAUGCACAUUUUUACUUUUGCGCUAAUAAUAAUAAUAAUAAUAAUAAUAAUAAUAAUAAAAUUUACAUUGUUCACAUUGGAAUUUUUAAUGAUCUAUUAUUUUUGUGCAUUGAA